AUGGCUGAUCAGCAACGUAGCCACAACACUUCAGACUCUCGCCGGAAACCAUCAGCAGCCGGGAGACGAACCUCACAACGAACUACAACGUCGUCAUUUUCUUCCGGCGGCGGAGCCAUAGCAGCCGCAACUGCCACGACGGGGACAGGAACGAUCUCACCUUGUGGGGCUUGCAAGUUCUUGAGAAGGAAGUGUGUUAGUGGGUGCAUAUUCGCUCCACAUUGCGGUUCGGACCAGGGAUCGGCUAGGUUCGCGGCGGUUCAUAAGGUGUUUGGAGCUAGUAACGUGUCGAAACUACUGCAUCAUAUUCCGGUGAACCGUCGUCACGAGGCGGUGGUUACGAUUUCAUACGAGGCUCAGGCUAGGCUAUCUGAUCCUGUUUAUGGCUGCGUCUCAACUAUCCUUGCUCUCCAACAACAGGUGGCCUCGCUACAAGCAGAGUUAUCGUUGGUGCAAUCACAACUAAUCAAUAGUAGAGUCGCAAUGGCCAACGUUAUGCAACAACAACAAAGUCAUCAACAACAACAACAACAACUAGUCGUUAUGCAACAACCUGAAUACUCCAACAACUCAUCCGCCUCCACCACUCUUGCUGGAGCCACCAUGAACAGCUUCGCCGCGACUGCACCAGCGGCCGUUGGUUAUGACGUCAUGGCUCCGGCUAACUUAGAACAUUCGUUGCAGCCUAUGCCACCGCAUCAACAGGGUAGACUAAGUCAGCAUGAGGAAGAGGAAGAGAGCGGUGCUGAUUUUUCGGUGGCUGUUGGUUCAACAGUGGUGGCUGCGGAGGUUAUAUUUCCGGCAGAGGGUUUUCACCGGAUAUAA